CCAGGUGAAGACUCGGCUUCACAGAUCCCACCUGGACAGAAAUGUUGGCGUCAGGUUAGAGGAGACUCAGCUUCAGAUUCAAAGAUGGUCGGUGUUUCUGGUUCAUGUCUCUGAAUGACUGAAGUCCAGAAGAUGGAUGAUUGUGUGAAGAAAGAGGAGGAGAGACCAGAGUCUCCAGGAUCCAUCUGUCUGUCUAUGAAGAGUGACCAGUCCAAAGAUGAACCUCUAAAGUUCAGUAAAGAACCUGGACCAUCAGACACAAAAGGUCGGUACCGCAGUCAGAGACCAGAGUCUCCAGGAUCCAGCUGUCUGUCUAUAAAGAGUGACUGGUCCAAAGAUCAACCUUCCACCUUCAGUAAAGAACCUGGACCCUCAGACACAAAAGGGAGGAAGAGGAGAGGAGUUGGUGUGGAGGAGCAACCGUCCUGCUGUCCUUUGUGUCAGGACGUCCUGAAGGAUCCAGUCUCCAGCAGCUGUGGACACUGGUUCUGCAGACGCUGCAAGAGCUCAUACUGGGACCAGUCUGCUCCACCAGGACCGUCCUCCUGUCCCCAGUGUGGAAAAAGAUCCAGAACCAGAGCUGGACUGCAGACAGCUGUACCAGCAGAUGCUGGUCUGCAGGAGGUCCUAGAUGAACACAAGACCAGUCUGAGGAGCAGAUGUGAACAUGUGACUGAAGGAACUGAUGAACCAGGAAGUAGAACCCCCCUCAACAGGAUCUACACGGAGCUCUUCAUCACAGAGGGACUGAGUGAAGAGGUUGAUACCCAACAUGAGGUGAGGCAGCUGGAGACAGCUUCCAGGAUGAAGAGCCUCCAUGAAGCUCCAAUCAGGUGCCAGGACAUCUUUAAAGCCUUACCUGACCAACGUGGAGCCAUCAGAGUGGUUCUGACCAACGGCGUUGCUGGCGCUGGUAAAACCUUCUCGGUUCAGAAGUUCUCUCUGGACUGGGCCGAGGGCUCGCAGAACCAAGAUGUCACCGUGGUGAUUCUGCUCUCGUUCAGGGAGCUGCACCUGAUCAGAGAUGAGCAGCUCAGUCUUCUCAGGCUGAUCCAGGUUUUCCAUCCAUCGUUCCAGAAGCUCACAGCAGAGCAGCUCGCUGCCGGGAAACCGUUGUUCAUCUUUGACGGCCUGGAUGAAAGCAGACGUUCCCUGGACUUCAACAACGGUCCGGUGGUGUCUGACGUCACACAGAGCUCAUCGGUCAACGUGCUGCUGACCAACCUCAUCCAGGGGAACCUGCUUCCCUCAGCUCUCAUCUGGAUCACUUCCAGACCUGCAGCAGCCAAUCAGAUCCCUCACAAACACGUGGACAGGGUGACAGAAGUACGAGGCUUCACCGACGGCCAGAAGGAGGAAUACUUCAGGAGGAGGUUCAGGGAUGAAGAGCGGUCCAGCAGCAUCGUCUCCCACAUGAAGACAUCCAGAACCCUCCACAUCAUGUGUAAACUCCCGGUCUUCUGCUGGAUCACUGCUACAGUUCUGGACCACAUGCUGACCACAGAGCAGAGAGGAGAGCUGCCCAAGACCCUGACUGACAUGUUCUCCCACUUCCUGCUGGUCCAGACGAAGAGGAAGAAGAACAAGUACCAGGAGGGACAUGAGACGAGUCCACAGGAGCUGACGGAGGCUGACAGGGACCUUCUUCUGAAGCUGGGGAGGCUGGCGUUUGAACAUCUGGAGAAAGGAAACAUCAUGUUCUACCAAGAAGACCUGGAGCAGUGUGGUCUUGAUGUCCCAGAGGCCUCGGUGUACUCAGGAGUUUGUACCCAGAUCUUCAGGAGAGAGUGUGAGGUCUUCCAGAAACCCGUCUACUGCUUUGUUCAUCUGAGCAUCCAGGAGUUCCUGGCUGCAGUCUACGUGCUCCACUGUUACUCCACCAGAAACACAGAUGUGCUGAAGAACUUCCUGGGAGGAAAAUACAGACACUCAUCUCUGGAUGACUUCCUGAAGAGAGUCAUGCAGAAAUCCCUGAAGAGUAAAAAUGGCCACCUGGACCUGUUUGUCCGCUUCCUUCAUGGUCUUUCUGUGGAGUCCAACCAGAGACUGUUAGGAGGUCUGCUGAACCAGACGGAGAACGAUCCAGAAACCAUCCAGAGAGUCAUCAACAACCUGAAGGAGAUGAACACUGACAGAAUCUCUCCUGACAGAAGCAUCAACAUCUUCCAGUGUCUGAUGGAGAUGAACGACCUCUCAGUUCAUCAGCAGAUCCAAGAGUUCCUGAAGUCAGAGAACAGAUCAGAGGAGAAACUCUCUGAUAUCCAGUGUUCAGCUCUGGCCUACAUGCUGCAGAUGUCGGAGGAGGUUCUGGAUGAGUUGGACCUGGACAAGUACAAGACAACAGAAGGGGGUCGACGGAGACUGAUUCCAGCUGUGAGGAACUGCAGAAAGGCUCGAUUUGUUGGUUGUGGACUCUCAGAGACUCACUAUGAAGUUGUUGCGUCCGCUCUGAAGUCCAACCCCUCCCAUCUGACAGAACUGGACCUGAGUCAGAACCGGAACCUGCAGGGUUCAAGAGUGAAGCUUCUGUCUGGUGGACUGGAGAGUCCAAACUGUAGACUGGAGACUCUGAGAUUGCAGGACUGCGGUCUGUCAAAGAUCAGCUGUUCUUCUCUGGUCUCGGCUCUGAAGUCCAACCCCUCCCAUCUAGAACAUCUGGACCUGAGUCUGAACAAGCUCCAGGAUUCAGGAGUGAAACAUCUGUGUGGUUUUCUGGAGAGUCCAGACUGCAGACUGGAGAAUCUGAGGUUGGAGGGCUGCGUGUUGUCAGAGAUCAGCUGUUCUUCUCUGGUCUCAGCUCUGAAGUCCAACCCCUCCCACCUGAAACAUCUGGACCUGAGCUGGAACCAGCUGCAGGAUUCAGGAGUGAAACAUCUGUGUGGUUUCCUGGAGAGUCCAGACUGCAGACUGGAGACUCUGAGCUUGCAGUGCUGCGGUCUGUCAGAGAUCAGCUGUUCUUCUCUGGUCUCAGCUCUGAAGUCCAACCCCUCCCAUCUGAAACAUCUGGACCUGAGAUUCAACUACAAGCUGCAUGCUGCAGAUGUGGAGCAGCUGUCUGGUCUGGUGGAGAGUCCAGACUACCAGCUGCAGACUCUCAGGUGGGAGCGCUGCAGUUUGUCAGAGAUCAGAUGUCGUCCUCUGGUCUCAGCUCUGGAGUCCAACCCGUCUGAUCUGGAACAUCUGGACCUGAGUGAGAAGGAGCUGCAGGAUUCAGAUGUGAAGCAGCUGUGUGUUCUUCUGGAGAGUCCAGACUGCAGACUGGAGACUCUGAGGUUGGAGACAUGCAGGAUGUCAGAGAUCAGCUGUUCUUCUCUGGUCUCAGCUCUGAAGUCCAACCCCUCCCAUCUGAAACAUCUGAAACAUCUGGACCUGAGUAACAACAACAACCUGCAGGAUUCAGGAGUGAAACAUCUGUGUGGUUUCCUGGAGAGUCCAGACUGCAGACUGGAGACUCUGAGGUUGGAGUGGUGUGGUCUGUCAAAGAUCAGCUGUUCUUCUCUGGUCUCAGUUCUGAAGUCCAACCCCUCCCAUCUGAAACAUCUGAAACAUCUGGACCUGAGUCACAACUACCUGCAUGAUUCAGGAGUGAAACAUCUGUGUGGUUUCCUGGAGAGUCCAGACUGCAGACUGGAGACUCUGAGGUUGGAGUGGUGCAGGUUGUCAGAGAUCAGCUGUUCUUCUCUGGUCUCAGCUCUGAAGUCCAACCCCUCCCAUCUGAAACAUCUGAAACAUCUGGACCUGAGCUGGAACCAGCUGCAGGAUUCAGGAGUGAAACAUCUGCGUGGUUUCCUGGAGAGUCCAGACUGCAGACUGGAGACUCUGAGCUUGCAGUGCUGUGGUCUGUCAGGGAUCAGCUGUUCUUCUCUGGUCUCAGCUCUGAAGUCCAACCCCUCCCAUCUGAAACAUCUGGACCUGAGUGAGAACAAGCUGCAGGCUGCAGAUGUGCAGCAGCUGUCUGGUCUGCUGCAGAGUCCACACUACCAGCUGCAGACUCUCAGAAUAAAACGGAGCUAAACAGACGAAGGUGGACCAGGUGGAAUCUUCUCAGAGGAGACGUCCUCCUAUAAUCUCUCAACACCAGCAAAGGUUGAAACAUGUGGCUCCACCAACCUCCGCCUCUCCUUCAUCAAACACCCUCGUCUGAUGUUCUACUCAUUUUUUGGGUUAAAUGAGGUUCAAAGCGACUCUUCAGAAAACCUCUGGGUGACGUCACAGAGGGUUUUAAGUUCUUCUAACUUAACUCGGUCUGUUGUUAGCACUCAGCGAGAUGUUUUUGUACAACUUUAAAAAAAUACAGGUCGUCAAAGGUUGUGCUUUAGAGAACAAGGUUUGUUUAGAAGAAAAAAAGAACGAGUCGGUGUCGUUGCUGUACAAGGAGAGGACAUUUAUUGAAGAAUUCCCAGCAUCACAGAUGUGUGUUAUCUGAGGUCGUCUCUUUCAGAUUUCAGUGAUUCAGACAAAGUGAAUUCAUCCACUCACAUGCAAGUCACACACCUGUGCACUCACCUGCUCCCCCAGACACACACAGGCCCACGGUCCAACAUACGUUCACAGUCUCGAUACGUACAAAAAUUGAUACAAAUACAAAUAAUACCACAAUAAAAACAUUGUAAUUAUUCUUUUUUUAAGAAAUUCUUACAGUUUAGCUAUGUUCUCUAUUCUGUAGAAAGACAACUAAGCUUUAAUAAGGGGACAAUUAUUUUU